AUGGGCUUUUUGGACAGGAGAGUUCCCACAUUCCACGCACCUACCGCUUGCGCACGUGUCCUCCUGGUUUGGCUCAUAUUCACCCAAGUCUGCACAAACUGCAACGCGAGCUUGUUCCUGCAUACAAGUGAUAUUUCCUGGGUUGCAUUUUCAACUGUGGACUUUAUGUGGGUGAAUUCUUGUGAUUAUGGGUACAUAAAUGGUAGUUUGAAAAUUGCUUCUUUUCUUGACGACGGGUCAGCAGCAGCACCUUGCACCCUGAAAUCGGUUCCAGAAAAUACAUCCAUAUUGCUGGUGCCCUUCGAUGAAGGAUUGAAUAAUGGGUGCUCCUCCUAUUCGGACGUUAUCUCAAGGAUUAAAGCCACUCGAAAUCUAUCCGAGGAAUUAAAUUAUCAGGCACUCCGAGUUCGCAAAUUAUGCCGCGCAUUUCUUAUUGGAUUGUUCUUCGUUAUCUUGAUCAAGAUUGUCGCAACGAUAAUUAGUCUGUUUGAGUUCGCGCCAACGGUCAACAUAAUGGGUCAGAGCAUUUCUAGACUUUUGUACAUCGUGAUGGAGUUGAUUUUUACAUUCUUCGGGAUUUCCACCUAUUCGAUAUUUGGGAUGACAAUGGUAUUAGCCAGGAAGCAUGAACGGGUUCCAAUUCGGCAGAACGCUAAUGCGCAAGUACGGAAAGCGAGGACAAAUCGGGAGAUCGCCAAGUCGGUCAUCUUGACGACAUUGUUGAUUCUAUCCUUGCUUUUUAUCACCGUUCACACGAUAUUCACCAUCUCCUUAUCGCCGACCGUCCACAAUUUUUGGGUAAUUCGCUUCCUCGACGACAUAUCGUUCGUAUUAGGAUGUUUUAUUCUCGUGAUUGCAUUACAAUACGACUCAGUUGGAAAAUAUUCGCACAUGGUAUAUUCCGGAAGUAGUGAUGAAAAUGCAGCCGAAAGUACAAUAUCUCCGUCGGCUUCAAGGGAUUCAUCGUUUCACAAUAGCAAUAACAGCGGCACGGAGGUCGCAGAUUCUCGAGGAAAGCGAAACACA